CACGCACACACACACACACACACACACACAGAGCUUCGUUCAUGCACGCAUUAUUAGAGCAGUCGGAGGAGCUCAGCCAGCGAUGCUGCACGGUGUUCGGUGCAGCCCAGUCUCCUGCUCUGCUCCUCCGUGUCUUGCCACUCUGCUCAAUGUGUACCCAACUCUGCGUUGCCCCUUAUCCGGAUGCCCCUACUGAAAAGGCCAUGCUUGUGCUCUGCACGAGGCGCUUGGGCAGGGCGUAUGCUUUGGAUCUCCUCGAUGCAGAAUUCCAACCCUCCCCCCCCCUCCCUGCGAAUUCACUGACCACACUCUCGAGAGUUGAAAGCCAGAGUCGCCAGGUGCAGUUUGGGUAACUCGCUGAGUGCGAUUGCGGGUAUGGAAGUCAUGUUCGUGGCAGGGUAUCAAGCACAUUAACUUCACGGAAGAGGGCGCCGCACGAGCAUAUUCCACGCACUUGGGAUGACACUGCAUCUUUCCGAUGCUGCAUAAAUAGAAUGCCUCGCCUAAAGGGUGGGAGUGGAAAGACCUAAAUCUCCACUAAGUAUGAAAUUUGUGGACAGCGAACAAUUUCAGAGAUUACGUGACGUGAAACAAUUAGGUCUUUGCCACUAUGUUUAUCCUGGAGCAAUGCAUUCUCGGUUUGAGCACUCGCUGGGAGUAUAUCAUGUUGCGGGUGAAGUAAUGGACUAUCUGAAGAAAACACAGGGUGAUGAAUUGGAGUUGGAGCCGGCUGAUUUCAGGGUUGUCAAAUUAGCAGGGCUGCUUCAUGAUGUCGGUCAUGGGCCUUUCAGUCAUGUCUUCGACAAUGAGUUUCUUCCCCGAGCACUUCCCAAUUUUAAGUGGAGUCAUGAGCAGAUGUCAGCAGAUAUGGUAGAGUAUAUUGCCGACCUGCAUCAUAUCGAUAUCGAUGUUAACGAUCUGAAGAGAGUUAAGGCCAUGAUACUUGCAGCCUCGAAGACUUCUAUAAUUCAGGCACACGGUGACAAGAGAUUUCUUUUUGAUAUUGUAGCAAAUGGACGAAACGGGAUAGAUGUUGACAAGUUUGACUACAUUGAAAGAGACACAAGAGCUUGUGGCCUUGGCAGGAGUUUUGACUACCGAAGGUUGGUUGAGAGUAUGAAGGUGAUAGAUGAUGAAAUCUGCUUUAGAGCAAAAGAAGCCCUUACGGUGUAUCGCUUAUUCCAAACAAGGGCAGAUUUGUGUCGGACAGUGUAUACUCACGCAAAAGUAAAGGCUCUGGAACUUAUGAUAGUUGAUGCCAUGCUUCUGGCUAAUGAUUACCUGAAAUUGACCAGUUAUGUUGAAGGACCUUCCAGGUUCUGGAAGUUGGACGACACUUUACUGAAGACAAUUGAAACUGCGGAACAGCCUGAACUUCGACAAGCCCGUGAAAUUGUAUUGCGAAUGAGACGGAGGCAACUAUAUCAGUUUUGCAAUGAGUAUGCAGUUCCGAAGGAACAUUUAGAGCACUUCAAAGAUGUGACUGCUCAGGAUAUUAUCUGCUCCCAGACGAAACCUGGAGUAAAUCUUACCGAGGAUGAUGUGCUUGUCCAUGCCACACGGAUUGAUUUCACUCGUGGCACGGAGAACCCUGUGAGCAGCAGGGUUCACUUCUUCCAGGACUUUGAGAGCACAGAAAAGUUCCUCAUUCCGCAGGACAAAAUCAGCCACAUUCUUCCAGAAACUUUUCAAGAUCGAAUCAUUCGGGUGUACGCUAAAAACCCUGAACAUGUGGAGGCUGUCUGUGAAGCUUUUGAAGAGUUUCAAAGAAAACAAUUUGGAUAUACCUCGCAGAUUCAUGGAACGCCCGACAGGAAAAAAGGAAAAAGGUGAAUAGAGACACUAAUUUUUUUCAUGAGGAGAAAUUCUGUUAUGGUAGAAGCCAUUUCAUAAUAUUCUCCACACUAAGGGUAUGAAAGAGUCCUUCUAUCCCUAUUUGUGAAAGCCCUCUUUGGUAAGAAAAAACCACUGGUCCAUUGCUGUUAUGUGCAGUUCUUUGAGCAUAGACCUCUUUGGGAAAGUCCACGUUCUAGAUAUAGCUAGAACAUGGACAACGCCUCAUGGUUUAAGUUUUCAGUUUGUAUUGAGUCGAUACUGUCAUACGUGUGUUGAAGCGUGAGUUAUAAUAUAAGAUAAUCAUUCCUAGCAAACACAUAAAACAAAACAAAUAAAAUAAAAUGUAAGUUUUCCGUUUGUACUCA